AUGGAAAUGCCCUCGCUCAGACAUUUCUCUCUCUCUCCGCUCCCGGCAGUCUCUGCAUCAUCAUCUCUGGAUUGCGGCCUGCGGUUCCAUUGCGGCCCACAAGGCCAGCAGGCCCCAUUUUACACCCAGCCAUGUGCUUACUUAGGAGAGAGGACUCUCUCAACCCCAACAGAGUCAAGAACAACCUCAGAGUUUCAAGAGAUUGCAACUUCGGCCAUCGAAUGGAACCAUCCAGACCCUCUUCAGAGGCUUCACGAGACUCUUGUUCCACAGCCAAGUCAAAUGCAAGUUUCGUUCCUUUCACCACACAGAGCGACAAGUGAAAUAGCAGAAACUCCCAUAGAGAACGCAGAGUUGGAGUUGUUUGUUGAUGGUUCAGCUCAAGUUAUUGAAGGUAGUACAGCACAGAAGACAAUUCUACCUCCGGAAUCAAUCAUUGAUCUGUAUAAAGACGUUCCUCUAUAUGAAGCAUGGACAUGGUUAGACAAAGGAGCCACUGUGGAUUCAUCCGGCUGCUGGACCAAAGGGGGAAAAUGGGGAUUACCAGAUUGCAUUGACUCAGAUCAAGGUACCCACUUCACAGGACAGAUGCCAGGUGUGAUUGAUCUUAGAAAUGCUGAUGUUCACAUUGCUUCAGAUGCCCUGAUCGCUUACUGUGAAAACCUCACAAAGGCAGUACAGAGUGCCAGAGAGAGAGUUGAGUCGUGUUGGCAGACUCCACUAGAAGGUGGACACACUAUCAUCCCAGGUCAAUGGGUCAUGAUAAAGUCGUUCAGAAACAAGCCAUUAGAGCCCAAGUGGUACGGACCACAUCAAGUGAUGUUGAUUACAGCAGCUGCAGUAUUGUGUCAGGAAGGAAAACUUGGACUCAUGUGUCACACUAUACCACUUGAUGGCUGUCCUGAGACCCAUACGCGCCGAACUCCUCACCUGCAGAAUGCAACACUAUGGGGCAAAACUAGUCAGUCUUCAACUUAUAUCAAUGGACCUGAAUUGGCUCUUGAUGGACUGUUAAAUACCUUUUCCCACACUAACUCUGAGACCGACCCGUGGUGGAGAGUGGAUCUACUGAAGGUAUACAGAGUGAACAGAGUCACCAUCACCAACAGACCGGGCCAUGCCAAUAGGAUUUCCGGGGCAGUGAUUCGUAUCGGGAACUUCCCUGACAUUUACAGCAACACCAUAUGUUCUGUGAUUUCUACUCUUGGGGAAGGUGCUACAGCCACUUUUUCAUGCAGUGGGAUGGAGGGACGUUAUAUGAUUGUUCAUAUUCCUGGAGAUGAGAAGAUUCUUAGUCUUAGUGAAGUCGGCGUUUAUGGGUAUUUGGCAGGAAAUGUGGCAGUAGAUGGAGCCACUACACAGUCAUCAACAUUUACUGGCUGGUUUGCUGAAAAGGCCAUCGACAGUAACCGAGGUCUCCAGCAGAAUACAGCAUGCUCCUCAACCCUUAAUGAGAUUAACCCGUGGUGGAGGCUGGAUCUGCGUAAUGUUUACGAAAUUAGUGAAGUGGUCGUCACUAACAGAAACGACUGCUGUGCAGAACAAAUAAACGGAGCGGAGAUUCGCAUCGGAAACACUUUGGAGAACAACGGCAACAACAAUCCCAUAUGUGCUGUUAUUCGUGCUAUUCCAGCAGGUGAGUCCUACAGAUACUCAUGCGGUGGGAUGGAGGGACGUUACGUGAAUCUGAUCAUUCCUGGAGACAUGAAGACACUCACUCUCUGUGAGGUGGAGGUCUAUAGAGAAGUUCCUGUUUUAAAAAGAUCAUUUGUAAAGAUGCAGUUUAACUCCAGAGUUGAUUUAACCGAUCCUUCAGUGAGAGAACAUGUUCUUAAAAAGCUGGGAUCUGCUCUGGCUGAUGGAGGAUUAACAAACGUGACUCUGCGUUGGUCUCAGACCCCUAAGCGGGUGAUCCAGAAGGUGAAUGCUAGUAAAAGUCACUGUGGCAAUGGGAAAUAACAUACUGGAAAUCAAGACUGUCUUUAUUUCACUAAAUUUACUUUUGUUGAAGAUGUUAAUUCUUAUUCUGAAUGCACAGCCAGAAAUUUCUUUAUAAUUAUGCUUAACAAAGAAAAUAUAAUUUAAUUCACUUCUGCUUAGUUUUCUUUUGGUGAUUCACAUAUUUAAGAAUUAUAGUGCAUCUUGUGUAACUGUGUAUUGCAAAUAAAUAGAGACAGUAAUAAAUGUAAUGAAAAUAUUUAUAGAUAUAAUA